AUGACUGAUGCUGAUGCCAACACUCCCAGUGGGCAUGAUACUCCAGCUACAAAACUUUUCCUGAUGACAGUCAUAACCACAGAUGAACCAAUAUCCGACCCAGACUUCCAAACUAUACAAAUGACCCAGGAUAUGACAAUAGGUACUCAAGAUUCAGACGUUACUCAGGACCCAAGUGACACUUCUGAUCUAGAUAUUACUGCAGGCAUUGAUAAUACUACACGUCCAGAUGAUGCUUCUGGGCCUGCCUUUGUUCCAGGCCUCAGUACUCCUACUGCCACAGCUACAACUUUAGGCUUAGAUGUAACGACAGCCACAGGCACAAGUCAGAGUUCAGAAAUUCGUGAAAGCCCAGUUGCCACUCCUGGCUCUAAUAAUACUUUAAACACAAAUGCUACUCAAGGUCAAAACUCUACUCCAAUUGAAGAUGCUACACUCGCUGCAGAUAAUCUUCCAAGAGAAAAUGUUACAAGUAAAAACAGUUAUUCUAUUGAAGAUACUAGUCCAUCUGAACAUUUGUCUACUAAACACUUAACACCAUAUGUAGACACAACUUCCAGUGGAGACACAACUUUAGCCAAAGUUAAUAUUUCUGGUGAAGAUAUCACGAAAGAUGAAGUCACUACUUUUGAUGUUAUAACUUUUCCUGGGGAAGGCGAUACUUCUGAGAAAGAAACAACUUUUGAUAUGAAUUCUGGUACAAACACUACCCGAAAAGGAAAGACUGCUUCUGGUGAAGGCACUACUCCUGUCAUUGGUACUAGUCCAAGAGAAGACAUUACUUUUGUUGAAAGCACAAUACCCAGUGAAGUUACAUUAACUAACGAAAGUACUAAUGGUGAAGCAACUACGUUGAGUGACGGCACAUAUAAAGGCACAGGUAUGUCUGAAUAUGGAACCCCUACUAUCGUUGCAGAAGAAACUGGUUCAGUCACUCCUAUUGCUGAGAACCCUACUGCACGAGAUACUACUCCUGAUGAAGUUACUAUUCUUGAUAAAGGUAUUACCAAUACUGAAAGUACGAUCUCAGGUGAAAACAUUUCUGUGAAUGAAGAUAUUACUAUAAAAUAUACUUCUUCAGGUGAUACAACUUCUAGUAUAAGUAUGCCUACUGAUGAAUACAACACAUACAUUGAAAAUAUUACGGUUGUUGAAAACUUUCCAUUUGGAGAAAACACUACUUUUGGUAAAGACACUAGUAAGAUAAUUACAGAUGAAGUUACUACCUUUGGUUUGGUCAUUUCUGUGGAGCAACACACAACUCUUCUGGAGGAGGAUACUACUGCAGCUAUAGACAUUCAUGGUGAAUACACUUCGAAUAAAAGCAUGAUGCCUAAUGAAUUCACGAGUCCUUAUGAAGACACUAGUCAAGUUGAUGUCACUACUGGCAGAAUUACUCCAGGCCAAAACACUUCAAGCGAAGAUGCCACCCUUGGUGCAGACACUUUUCCAAGUGAAAAUGUUACUGGUGAUAACAACUAUCCUACUGGAGCUACUACUACAGCUGAACAUACGUCUACUAAAAUGUUGACACCUUUUGAGGACAAAAGUAGAGACACUACUUUAGCUAAAGCCAAUACUUUUGGUGAAGAGAUCACUAAAGAUCAAGUAACUAAUAAUUAUGGAGUAGCUUUUUCUAGUGAUGGCAAUACCUUUGAGAAAGACACAACUUUUGAUGAUAUCGAUUCCGGUGUAGACACUUCUCGAAAAGAAACAGGUCCAAGUGAAGACACCACGCUUGCUAUGAAUAUUAGUUCUAAAGUAAACAUAUCUUCUACUGAAAGCACUACUGCGGAAGUUACAAUAGCUCCAUCUGAACAUUUGUCUACUAAACACUUGACACCAUAUGUAGACACAACUUCCAAUGGGGACACAACUUUAGCCAAUGUUAAUAUUUCUGGUGAAGAGGUCACACAAGAUGAAGUUACUACUUUCGAUGUAGUAACUUUUCCUGGGGAAGGCAAUACUUCUGAGAAAGGCACAACUUUUGAUAUGAAUUCUGGUACAGACACUACCCGAAAAAGAAAGUCUGCUUCUGGUGAAGGUACUACUCCCGUUAUUGGUACUAGUCCAAGAGAGGACAUUACUUUUGUUGAAAGCACAAUACCCAAUGAAGUUACAUUAGCUACCCAAAAUACUUCUCAUGGUGAAGUGACUGCUUUGAGUGACGGGACAUAUAAUGGCACAGGUAUGUCUGAAUAUGGAACCCCUAUUAUAGUUGCAGAAACAACUGGUUCAGACACUACUCCUGAUGAAGUUACUGGUCUUGAUAAAGGUAUUACUAAUACUGAAAGUGAAAACAUUUCUGUGAAUGAAAAUAUUACUAUUAAAUAUACUAGUUCAGGUGAUACAACUUCUAGUAUAAGUAUGCCUACUGAUGAAGAUAACACAUACAUUGAAAAUAUUACGGUUGUUGAAAGCUUUCCAUUUGGAGAAAACACUACUUUUGGUAAAGACACUAGUAAGAUAAUUACAGAGGAAAAUACUACCUUUGGUUUGGUCAUUUCUGUAGAGCAAAACACAACUCUUCUGGAGGAAGAUACUACAGCAGCUAUAGACAUUCAUGGUGAAUACACUUCGAAUAAAAGCAUAAAGCCUUAUGAAGACAGCACUGGUGAAUUCACGAGUCCUUUUGAAGACACUAGUCAAGUUGAUGUCACUACUCCUGGCAGAAUCACUAAUCCAGGCCAAAAUUCUUCAAGCGAAGAUGCUACCCUUGGUGCAAACACUUUUCCAAGUGAAAAUGUUACAGGUGACAACUAUCCUACUGAAGCUACUACUACAACUGGACAUACAUCUACUAUAAUGUUGACAUCUUUUGAGGACACAGCAUCCAGUAGAGACACCCAAGAUCAAGUAACUAAUUCUUAUGGAAUAACUUUUUCUAGUGAUGGCAAUACCUUUGAGAAAGACACAACUUUUAAUGAUAUUAACUCCGGUGCAGACACUUCUCGAAAAGAAACAGAUCCAAGUGAAGACACCACGCCUAUUAUGAAUAUUAGUUCAAAAGUAAACAUAUCUUCUAUUGAAAGCACUACUCCGGCAGUUACAAUAGCUGACCAAUAUGCUACUACAGUUAUAGAAACAACUGGCCGAGUCACAGUUACUGUUGAAGGACCUGCACAAAACACGACACAUGAAGAUACUAGUCUUAAUAAUGGUAUUACUUAUGGUGAUGAAAUGACCAGUCCAGAUGAAACCACUACUUUGGGUCACGUAACUGAUGCUUCAGCAAGCAAUACUCCUUUGAAUAGGGAUAUUAAUUCUGGGGCAGAUACAACCCAUAAAGAAAAGACUGCUUCUAGUGAGAUCACCACUCCUGUAAUGGGUAGUAGUCUAAGAGAAGACACAACAUUUGUUGCAAGCACGACUCCUGAUGAAACUACAAUAGCUAGCCAAGAGGCAAGUCGUUCUGAAGGAACUACUUUCAGUGGCGACACUUAUAGUAGCACAGGCUUGACUGAACAUAGAACCACUUCAUUUAUAAAAACGACUAGCCGAGUCACAAGGGACCCCAGUCCCGCUCAAAACACUACUCCAGACGAAGAUUCUACUUUUAAUAAAGGUAUGACUUAUAGUACUAUACUCUAUAAUACUUCAACUGAUAGAACCUGUAGUGAAGGUAUGACACCUGAUGUGGACAAUGUCUAUGUUGAACACCCGACAACUGUAGGAUAUAUUGGUCUAGGAGAAAAGACUACUUUUGACUAA